AUCCCGCCUCACUUGGUAACACGCGCGGUGGGCUGUGGAGAAGCCGCUGUUUGAUUCGGGCUGAGGCGUCCGGAGCGAGAGACGCAGCAUGAAGAUCGAGGAGGUGAAAAGCACCACCAAGACCCAGCGGAUUGCCAGCCACAGCCAUGUGAAGGGCCUGGGGCUGGACGAGAGCGGCCUGGCCAAGGCGGUGGCCGCCGGGCUGGUGGGCCAGGAGAAUGCCCGGGAGGCUUGUGGAAUCAUAGUGGAGCUGAUUAGAAGUAAGAAAAAUGGCUGAAGAGCUGUUUUGUUGGCUGGACCUCCAGGAAACUGGCAAGGUACAACUGCUUUGGCCCUGGCCAUUGCACAGGAGCUGGGAAACAAAGUACCAUUCUGUCCUAUGGUGGGAAGUGAAGUCUAUUCAACUGAAAUCAAGAAAACUGAAGUACUUAUGGAGAAUUUCAGGCGAGCAAAUUGGUAAGUGGUAUGCCUAAGGAUUAAAGAGACAAAGGAAGUUUAUGAAGGAGAGGUCACAGAACUGACCCCUUGUGAGACUGAGAAUCCCAUGGGUGGUUAUGGAAAGACAGUCAGCCACGUUAUCAUUGGGUUAAAGACAGCAAAGGGCACUAAACAACUGAAGCUUGAUCCCAGUAUCUAUGAGAGUCUACAAAAAGAACGUGUGGAAGUUGGAGAUGUGAUUUAUAUUGAAGCAAACAGCGGAGCUGUAAAGAGACAAGGCAGGUGUGAUACAUACGCCACGGAAUUUGACCUUGAAGCUGAAGAGUAUGUUCCGCUGCCAAAGGGCGAUGUUCACAAGAAGAAAGAGAUCAUACAGGACGUGACACUGCACGAUCUAGAUGUUGCAAAUGCGAGACCACAGGGUGGCCAAGAUAUCCUGUCCAUGAUGGGUCAGCUAAUGAAACCAAAGAAGACUGAAAUCACAGACAAACUGCGGGCUGAAAUUAAUAAGGUUGUUAACAAGUACAUCGAUCAAGGCGUCGCUGAGUUGGUUCCAGGGGUCCUCUUCAUUGAUGAAGUGCCUAUGCUCGACAUUGAGUGCUUCACUUACUUGCACCGGGCACUUGAAUCCAGCAUCGCCCCCAUUGUUAUUUUUGCUACAAACCGAGGAAACUGCGUUAUUCGGGGUACAGAGGAUGUUGUAUCUCCCCAUGGAAUUCCGCUUGAUCUUCUGGACCGGGUCAUGAUCAUCAGGACCAUGUUGUACACCCCCGAUGAGAUGAUGCAGAUAAUCAAGAUUCGUGCACAGAUUGAAGGCAUCAGCAUCACUGAAGACGCUUUGCUUCACUUGGGGGAAAUCGGCACAAAGACAACCCUGAGGUAUUCUGUGCAACUCCUCACCCCUGCAAACCUACUGGCAAAGAUCAAUGGGAAAGAAGCCAUCGAGAAGGAACACGUGGAGGAAAUCAAUGAACUGUUCUAUGAUGCCAAGUCAUCUGCUAAAGUUCUUGCUGAGCACCAAGAAAAGUACAUGAAGUGAGAAGUGUGUGAAUGGGCCAAUGAACCAAGAUGGUAACUGUUGGCAAUCCAAAAAAACAAACCGAUGGAAAUGCCCAAUGAGGUCAUCAGAGCUUGCAGAAAGGAGGAAGGGUAGCAGUAGAAAUGAGUUUGUCAAAAUGGAAAUUAUUUGUUUGUUAAAUAAAAUAUUUUUUUUGAAACAGU